UGUGGCAAAGACUGGGACGUGUGAGGGCGUAGCCCCUAUCAUGAAUUCACAAACAAGCUCGCACCCUUCCCCAUAUGGAAACGGGACACGCUGCUCUCUCUCGCUCUAUCAUGGCCCUUCGCUUGCGUCGGCGAAUAGUCGAUUGUCACUCACAUAAACGAGUGCUUCUCACUUCGACAUAUAGUACAGCUGUGUAGUUGACCAGCUACGCGUAGGUCAUACAGACGGACAGCCUCAAGGCGGUUAACCAGGAUACUAGAGUCUGGCUCUUUUGUCUCCUUACGGGGCACGCUGCUGACUCGAGCAGUGCCAUCGCCUGCGCCAUAUAAAGGUGAACACGUCCAUACCUCCUCCGUUCAUUGACGUACCUGAGGGACCAUCGAUAUUUCCAUAAUUUCCAGCGCUAUGUCAUCUGUCGAAGUCACUGACACUCCGUCCGCUUGUGUCCUCAAACCUGCGGCCGCUCGAUGUCAUGUCAAUCGGCUCCCUUUAGAACUUCUCGACGAGGUGUUCAGUCUCGUGGUCAUGGACCGACCAUCCCACUCCUGGGGGAUAAUGUUCAGAGCCGGCAUUUUUGUCCAUGGCGCUCUGGCCCUUAGGUGCCGCAAAUGGCGCGACACUGUCAGGUACUUGAUUCGACAUCCAUGGAACUUCACGACGGUCCACUUGGGCCACGACUGCUUGACCUCGGUUCUGAAGCCCAACAACAAGGAAAAGAAGGUCAGCGAUAUAUUGGCUUUCUCUGGCAGCCGCGAGCUCGAUGUGACGCUGGAUUUCCGCGCAUCCAGUGUUACAGGGAAGAGAUGGCUUCAUUCCGUUCUUGUGCAGGCUUGGCGCUUCCGCUUGUUGACCAUUCGUGGCGAUCUACGGGACAAGCGCGUGCGUAAAGCCUUCGAUAGGCUUCAGUGUGACAGCGUACCAAUAGAUCACGGUCGCCCUGUCGCCCUUCGUCGUCUUACGCUCGAGCACAUCCCCGACAGCAUGCCGAGCGAUUCAUCUGACACCGCGCCAUUACAUUACUCUGUUUCGGCACCUUUCCUCUCGGAAAUUUACCUCGAAGGCCCAAUGUCCAGCUAUCUCGUUUUCCCCCAUUUCAGCCACUGUCCAGGCAUCUGCAAGCUCGUCUGUAAGGACUUUGGGAUAGUCACCUUGUGUUCACUCCUGGGGAAGACGGGAUUAUCUGAAUCGAGUCUGGAGGGGCUCGACUGGGAUCAAAGGCCGAGCGCGAUGCCUGCCGGCGAGCAUGAUCAUGCGGAAAAUAGGCUAUACCGCGUCCUGUCAUCACCAGACCCUCCAGUGACGAUGCACCAUCUGAAGAAAAU